AUGGUCUGGAGCAGAAUAUCAGUUGUGAACUUCGACAGGGACAACGUGACCGUCGGGCCCCCCAUCAAAUCUAAGAACGCACUCGACGAGCAUUUCAACACUCGUCCUCAGGGAUCGGCUAAUCGACACUUGUAUCUCGUCGAGCUCCAACAGAAUUUCGCUGACGGCUCAAUUCCCAAUGAAGGACAUGUCGACACCAAUCUACAGGAGUUGAUAGAUAUAUUCGGUCAGCAACUCCAGGUGCCAGAGUUGUUCUUCGAGGACCAUCUUGAUGAUGGUCUACGUUUCGGCUACAUCUCAGAUGUUCGCGACCCUGUCCUUCCCUCAAGCUUGAAUCCUCGCAGGCAAUUCCAUCUCGAGUAUCCAGAACCUCGAACACUCGACCCAACGGAGGUUGCGUUUCUCAGAGAUGACGAGGCGUUCGUGGCGACAUGCUCUUUGACGGGUCGGGAUAUCCUGUGCCACGAAUGGAAAAAGGGGGAAGUUCUUCUCACGACUUCUCGGAAGUGCUCUUUCUGGUCGAAACUCAGCGAUGAUAGCGUCACUUUAGGAUGGGAUGCGGUCAUCCUUUGCGACCCUUCCGCAGUGGAAGGCCGUGUCAAAGGAUCAACAUUGAUCUUGAAGCCGAACAAGUCAUUUCCCUUUCCCGAAGGUUUCAAUGUUGCCACAUCCCGCCGGACCAGUCGCACGCGGCCGGGUCAACCUCGCCCAGGGCAUGCUUCCAUCUUCGAUGAUUUAUGCUUCUACUACAGUAACCACAGCGACAAGCUGGGCGACGUCUCUGAUCCGAUGGCUGCCUCCCUAUUCGCCAAGAAGAUCGUUACCUCACACUAUGCACACAUCCUGGGGUUUGUUUCCCAUCAGACAAGCAGUAUGCGUGCUCGGGGAUGGUCUCUCAAGAGGGCGAACCAUCAGGAAGUCGAUGAGUCCAGGGAGGUCGAGAAAGAAUGGAGCCAGUACAGAGGAGGUGAGUUCAUGGAGUCUCUGGCCACGAACCUCGACCAGCUUGGCAUUCCACUCCUGCACAGCUCAGGCGACACCGGCGUAGUGGCGCACUACGGCGACUGGACAUCGAUUGAUGUCGAUCUGCAAUAUCUUUACAUGACAUUCGAUUUGCGCCGUCGUGACUACGACCGCAUCACCACCUCCAUCGCGGCUUUUGUAGGGAUGAAGGAGGCCGAGCGCUCGCUGAACGUCGCCAAACUGACAACAUACUUCGCCCUUGUCCUAACUCCGUUGGCGUGGAUGGCAAGUUUCUUCUCGAUGAGCCCCAGAUAUCUGCCCGACGGUGACCUAAAGUGGGUGUAUUGGUUGGUUUCGUUUGCCACUAUUGCGAUGAGUCUCGCCAUCUACCGGCUUGGAAACAUAAUUAGGCUCAGGGAUGUACGGUUGGACAAGUUGGUGAACGAUCCGAGGAGGAAUAGUUCGAGACGCGGAUCCAAUGCGAGCAAGGACACAUCGGCAUGGUCAUUAGACGAUAUGCCGUAG